AUGGCCACAGAAGAUUUCAGCUUCCCAACAACCGGUGACACCUUCCCCCCAUGUAGCAUCGAUUCGCCGCCGAUGUGGCGCCUGUCUCCAGCCGCCUCUCCGAAUUCCAGCCAUGAAGAACCACCAAAUGGGGCAGCCAAAGGAGAAGACCAUCAAAACGACACGGAAGAUUGUUUUGCUACAAGACAAAUCAAGUACAGCCAAAGAAAGAGCUUUUCAUCUGUAGAAGGUUGUCGGAAAGUGGCCAGUGAUGAUGAUGAUGAUGAUGAUGAUGAUGAAGAACGCAAGAUGGACAUGUUGUGGGAGGAUUUCAACGAAGAAUUGUCAAGAAAUUCUAGCACAUCAAGAUCCAACACAUCUUCUUCAAGAGAUAUUGUGGAGUUGGGGUGUGUUAAGGCAUUGACAGCCUCCAAAAAUCAUGGAGCUGCGCUUUCAACAAGGAAGCCAGGGAUGGUGGUGAUCGUGAAGGUGUUGAAGAAGCUUUUCUUGCUGCAAAACUCCCAUCGGAAGCUCAAGAUUAAAGGCUGA